CCCCUUCCUCUUUCCUUUCCCUUUCUCGGGUUAGGGUUAGGGUUUCCUCCUCUACCCCUCUUCCUUCAUCAAAAUCAAACAACGAUGGGGUCCGCGGCGGCGGCCUCCAUUACGAACUCCAUGAUCCAAGAGAGCUUCAACGAGCUCGAGAAGCAGAGAGAGCUCAUCGCCAACUGCACUCUACUGUGGAAAGAGCUCUCCGAUCACUUCUCCUCCCUCGAGAAAGACCUCGAGAUCAAGUCCCAAAACCUCCGAUCCAAGCGCCAGACCCUCGAUCUCUCCACUCAGCAAACCCUAGACUCUCUCUACCAGCGCGAGAAGUCGAUCGACCACUCGGUCGACCUCGCCAUCUCUAAGGUUGAAGAGCAUCACAAAGCUGCAGUUAUUGCUCUCGCUGCUGAGGCUGUUGAGGAUGACGAUCUCGUUUCGAAGGUCCGGUCUCUUUGUGCGAAAAUGGAUUCUGAGGGUUUCUUGAACCUUGUGAUUUCUAAGAGGAAGGAGGUUGAGACGCUGAGAAAUGAGCUUCCUUUGGCUUUUGAGAGCUGUAUUGACCCGGCGAGGUUUGUUCUGGACGCGAUUGCCGGGGUUUUUCCGGUGGAUAGGAGGGCGGUGAAGUCGCCGGCGGAUUUGGGGUGGGCUUGUGUGCUGAUAUUGGAGGCUUUGGUGUCGGCUUUGGCGGAUCCGGGGUUGGGGACGAAGAGGCUGAUGGUGACGAGGAUUGUGAAGGAGAAGGCGAAGGAAAUGGCUGAUGAGUGGAAACAAGGGUUUGGAGGUGUUGAGAGCGCAAAGCCCACGGAUGUUCAUGCGUUCUUGCAGCAUUUGGCGACGUUUGGUGUUGGGGCGAAGGAGGAUAAGGGGUUCUAUAGGAGGCUUAUUAUGAGCUUUGCUUGGAGAAGGCAGAUGCCCAAGCUUGCGAUUUCUUUGGGGCUUGAGGAUCAAAUUGCUGAUAUGAUUCAAGAACUAAUUAGCAAGGGACAUCAGCUUGAUGCUAUUAAUUUUGUCUAUGAAGCUGGUCUUCAGGACAAGUUCCCCCCUGUUCCCCUGUUGAAAUCUUUUCUGAAAGAGUCAAAGAAGGCAUCGACUCCAGUUUCUGAGGACAGGAACAACUCUGGCCAAGCCACAAGCAACCCAAGCCGUAAGCAACAGUCAGCCCUUAGGGCUGUUAUCAAAUGCAUUGAGGAUCGCAAACUUGAAGCUGAAUUUCCUGUAGAGCCUCUCCAGAAGCGACUCGAGAAUAUAGAGAAGGCCAAGGCCGAGAAGAAAAAGCCAGCUGGUGGCAAUAGUCCUGUCAAUGCUCCAGCCAACAAGAGAACCCGAGGCAACAAUGUUGGCCCAAUGCCUCCUGCUAAGGCUGGACGUCUGAUAAAUAACGCCUAUGUUUCUUCGUUUCCAGCUGCUCCUACGUUUAUACGAUCACCAACUCACACCACAUACUCAGCUCCUGUCCAUCCUUAUCCCUAUGACAGGCCAGUUGCGCACGGUGUUUAUGGGAAUCGAAGCCCACCGGCUAUUAGAGAUCCUUAUGCAUAUCCGACUGAAGAAGUUGCCCCUCCUGCUAUUGGUGUAGCCUACUCAUCUCCCCCUAUGACUUAUCCCCAUUAUGGAGCUUAUGGUAAUGGCUUGGCACCUGGAUACCAGCAGGCUUAUUAUCGGUAGAAAUUUCUGCGACUGGGGUCAGCGGUGACGUCUAAUGAACUUAUAAUCGGUUUAAUACCUAUUUUGUAGUGACUGACUACAAAACUUAGGACUAUGUGUGUGCUUAUUAGUUUGCUUUAAUCUAGUUCACGUAUCCUUCUUUCCCUUGCGCUUGUAAAUUUCUAUGGGAUGUUGUUUAAUCUGCUGCUGAGCCUCCGGGAUAAAAUAGAGAUGUUGAACUCUUGCAUGAUGUAAUCAAAAUCCAGCUUUACUUUAAAAAUUACUUAUGUACAGCUAAUUAAACAAUA